GUGAACCCAUACAUUCAAUCCUUUCCUUCGAAGCUAAUAGCUUGACCAAGAAGAAACUCUUAAGACGGCCAUGAUCGGUUCGAGACCUUGAGGCCACUCUUUUAGUCCACUCCCUGCCGCGAUAUCCCAGACAUGGCGGUUCCUCCAACGGAUGCUGACGACGACUUUGACGUCAUACUCGCCGAGCAGUGCCGGGAGCUUGCUGCCGGGCUAGACUUUGGCUCCGACGACUCGGAGUAUGCAUUCCAGCUCCAACUUCAAGAGAUUGCGAACUCUUAUCCUCUCCCUUCUGCUUCUUGUUCUCCGCCGCCCGAUGUCUCGGCAGUAAUGGGCGACGCCGACCUCUCUGGCUUGGCGGCCGCGGUGACGAUGGAGGAAAUGGAGCGGUACGACCGGGAGCAAUGCAUUAAGGAGUUCAGGCGAAUGAGAGAGGAUCUGGACCGACGGGUUUACGAUCAGAAGUUCGCCGCUGAGAUCACCUCGAUUCCGGACGACCAGUGGCAGGAGGAUGGAGAUAACUAUCACAAACCAUACGAAGCCGGUUCUUCUUCCUCUGCAGUCUCCGAGGGCUUCAGGAUUUAUUUAAAGGGCUUAGUGAGCGAAGAGUAUAUUCAAGACAGGAAGGUUCCUGUUGUGGGAAUCGGCGUGGCGAUUUGCGAUUUUAAGGACAACAUAAUAUUGGAGGUUAAGAAACCUUGGAUUGAUGGGGGGUCGGUGAGUAAGGUCGAAGCUGAAAUGCAGGCUAUUGUUCAAGGGCUUGAUGCUGCCCUUAGCUUGGAUUUGAAGAGGGUCACCUUUUUCUUCGUUAAUGAAGCCUGCCACAAUUACAUAACAGGCCUGGAGUCCCAUGGAAGUAGUAAGCUCAUGGCACUAGUCAAUCAAGCUAGUGUACUUCGUAAGAAGUUCACGCAGUGUGACCCGAGUUUAAUGUUAGAGGACACAAAUGCUGUUAAGUUUGCCUUUAAGCUUGCAAGAGAUGCUGUAGUUGCUCAAAUCUCAUGGCCUGAAGAAACUCCCUUUGGAAAGAUGCAGAAGGAAACUUGUUCGAUAUGUUUCGAGGACGCUGAUGUCUCCGAGAUGUUCUCAGUUGAUGAAUGCUUGCACAGAUACUGUUAUUCUUGUAUGAAGAGGCAUGUCGAGGCAAAGUUGCAUAAUGGGGUACUAGCCAUUAAAUGCCCUCAUGAUGGCUGUAAUUCUGAGAUAUCAAUAGACAGCUGCGAAAAGUUCCUCGAGCCAAAUUUGGUUUCUAUAAUGAGCCAACGAAUGAAAGAAGCUUCUGUUCCUGCACCAGAGAGAGUUUACUGCCCUUAUCCCAAUUGUUCUGCUUUAAUGUCAGAAAGGGAGGUUUUGGAGUACUCCGAGACUUCAUUUAUUGGAGCCGAACAAAGUGGAGCCCGGAAAUGCAUCAGAUGCCAACACUUCUUCUGUAUUAACUGCAGAGUGCCUUGGCACUAUAAUAUGAGCUGCAUUGAUUAUGGAAUUCGCAAUCCCACUCCUGAAGAUCGGGCGCUCAAGUCUCUUGCGAAUGAGAAUAAGUGGAGGCAGUGCAUAAAGUGCAACCAUAUGGUGGAACUUGUUUAUGGAUGCUACCACAUCACCUGCAGGUGUGGGUACGAGUUCUGCUAUACGUGCGGGGCCCAGUGGAAGAACAAAGGACCAACGUGUACCUGUCCUAUCUGGGAUGAACGUAACAUCAUUCCGGGUAUGCGCGAGAGACACUGAUUGAUCGGGUAAAGAAUGGUCCGUUUCAAGCCAAAGAAACAAAGGGAAAACCUUAGAAUUAGAGAAAAAGAACUUUAGAAUGCUUACAGAUUGUAUGAAAUUAAGGAGCGGUGGGCCGUCUUGCUUCCUCCGCUCUCGCGUAGACCUCUCUUAAGUCUUAACUAUAUUAAUGGACUUGAGUGAAAUUAUUUGAACUUAUAAUUGGAGAGGUACUCCGAGGACCAUCACAGGGAUUGUUGAGGCUGUCUGGCCCCUGCCCCAUGUACCGAGCCGAGUUUAUUUAUGCAUAUUAUUCGAGUCGAAGUGAUCUCCUCCAUUUGAA